AUGAAGUCGUUCAUUGUUCUUGCGGUUGUUGCCGCCAUCCUCGCUUCGGCGGUCGCCACCCCGGUGCGCGUCGCCCAGCCCGAGAGCGAGAUCCCCUGUGCCAUCUGCAAGCUUGUUGUCGACUACGUCGACCACCUGCUCGCCUCCAACUCCACAGUUGCCGCCAUUGAGGCUGAGCUCGAGAAGCUCUGCUCGGACCUGCCCAAGGCCUGGGCUGGUGAGUGCACGGAUGUGGUUGAGAACUACCUCCCCGCCAUCAUCCAGGCCAUCGAGAACAACGCUGACCCGACGACGGUCUGCACCCAGAACCUCCACCUGUGCUCCUCGUCGAUGAAGGUCCAGGCUCCGUUUGACGACUGCUCGAUCUGCGAGCUUGUUGUUGGCGAGCUUGAGAAGCUGCUUGAGAACAACCACACCAUCGAGAUCAUUGAGACCGAGCUCGGCAAGGUCUGUGCGCUCCUCCCGGCGUCGUGGGCCUCGACCUGCACCGCGCUUGUCAACAACUACCUCCCGGAGCUCAUCCAGCACCUCGAGGACGACCUCCCGCCGCAGACCGCUUGCCAGAAGAUCGGCUUCUGCAAGCCGUCGGCUACGCCCGUCAAGAUUGUCAUCGACGACGUCCAGUCGUUCGGCGGUGUCGAGUGCUCGCUCUGCGAGCUCCUGUUCAAGGCUGUCGAGGGCUACCUCGCCAAGAACAACACCGAGGCCCAGAUUGAGGCCGAGCUCGAGAAGCUCUGCGCUCACACCCCGUGGAAGGACUCGUGCGACUCGAUUGUCGAGGAGUACCUCCCGCAGAUCAUCGAGGCCAUCGAGAGCAACGAGACGCCCGAGCAGCUCUGCACCACCAUCGGCCUCUGCUCAUCGGAGAUUGCCGACGUUGCCGCUCCGUUCGACGACUGCUCGAUCUGCCAGCUUGUUGUUGGCGAGCUUGAGAAGCUGCUUGAGAACAACCACACCAUCGAGAUCAUUGAGACCGAGCUCGGCAAGGUCUGUGCGCUCCUCCCGGCGUCGUGGGCCUCGACCUGCACUGCGCUUGUCAACAACUACCUCCCGGAGCUCAUCCAGCACCUCGAGGACGACCUCCCGCCGAAGACCGCUUGCCAGAGAUCGGCUUCUGCAAGCCGCCAGAUUGAGGCCGAGCUCGAGAAGCUCUGCGCUCACACCCCGUGGAAGGACUCGUGCGACUCGAUUGUCGAGGAGUACCUCCCGCAGAUCAUCGAGGCCAUCGAGAGCAACGAGACGCCCGAGCAGCUCUGCACCACCAUCGGCCUCUGCUCAUCGGAGAUUGCCGACGUUGCCGCUCCGUUCGACGACUGCUCGAUCUGCCAGCUUGUUGUUGGCGAGCUUGAGAAGCUUCUCGAGAACAACCACACCAUCGAGAUCAUUGAGACCGAGCUCGGCAAGGUCUGCGCGCUCCUCCCGGCGUCGUGGGCCUCGACCUGCACUGCGCUUGUCAACAACUACCUCCCGGAGCUCAUCCAGCACCUCGAGGACGACCUCCCGCCGAAGACCGCUUGCCAGAAGAUCGGCUUCUGCAAGCCGUCGGCUGCUGUUGAUGUUGCGGCUCCGCUCGACCUCGAGUGCUCGCUCUGCGAGCUCGUGGCCAAGGCUGUCGAGGGCUACCUCGCCAAGAACAACACCCAGGCCCAGAUUGUUGCCGAGCUCGAGAAGCUCUGCGCCAUGACGCCGUGGAAGGACUCAUGCGACUCGAUUGUCGAGGAGUACCUGCCGCAGAUCAUCCAGGCCAUUGAGGACAACGAGACGCCCGAGCAGCUCUGCACCACCAUCGGCCUCUGCUCGUCGGCGAUCGCCAACAUUGAGGCUUCCCCGGAGACCUGCAAGAUCUGCGAGUAUGUUGUCAGCCUUGCCGAGGCCAUGCUCUCGGGCAAGAGCGUCAACAACACUCAGAUCGAGGACGAGCUCAAGAAGGCGUGCGUGCUUCUCCCCAAGAAGUUCCAGCCCGAGUGCUCGCUCCUGGUCGACACCGCGCUCCCGGCCAUCCUCGACGAGCUCGAGAAGGGCACGCCGGCCGCUCAGGUCUGCACCACCCUCCACCUCUGCACCUCCUCGGACGCCCGCCCGCACUUCCGCCGCGCCAUGCGCAAGGCGGUCCACAAGCUCCGCAUCGAGUGAGUGUA